UUGACCGCCUCCCGUGCCGUGAGCAAAGAGCAAAUCGUUCGCCCGCUCGCUCGAUCUCGCUCUGUCGAUCGAGUACGAUUGUGGAAGCCAUUUUAUUCUUGGGGAUUGUGAAUGUGACAAAAUAUUUUUAGUUUUUUGUACCCAGAACAUUUGUGUAAAUGUGUGCCUGCGUUAAGUGUUGUUUGUGACGUGUGUUAGUGCUUGUAAGACUAGGAAUGUUCAUGCUCGUAAUGGGUUUGUGUUGACUUGCCCCGUUUCGUACGCGAUCGCAAGGGCAGGGAUCGAUUAGUGCAAGGCGGCCUCUAAUAACGGCGAAUCGAGGCUCCGGCUGGACUAGUUAGCAGUGCCGCCAUGGGCAACAAUGCCGCCACCGCCAACAAAAAGGUGGACGCCGCCGAAAGCGUCAAGGAAUUCCUCGACCAGGCCAAAGAGGAUUUCGAGGAGAAAUGGAAGAAGAAUCCUACCAACACCGCCGGACUGAACGACUUCGAGCGGAUAAAAACGCUCGGAACGGGCUCGUUCGGCCGAGUCAUGAUAGUCCAACAUAAGCCCACCAAGGAGUACUAUGCUAUGAAAAUAUUGGAUAAGCAAAAAGUGGUUAAAUUGAAACAGGUGGAACACACGCUUAACGAGAAGCGAAUCCUCCAGGCGAUCAAUUUCCCGUUCCUGGUGAGCCUCAAGUUCCACUUCAAGGACAACUCGAACCUGUACAUGGUGCUGGAGUACGUGCCCGGUGGAGAGAUGUUCUCGCACCUGCGGAAGGUGGGCCGUUUCUCGGAGCCGCACUCGCGAUUCUACGCCGCGCAAAUCGUGCUCGCCUUCGAAUACCUGCACUACCUCGACCUCAUCUACCGGGACCUCAAGCCCGAGAAUCUGCUCAUAGACUCGCAGGGCUACCUCAAAGUGACGGACUUCGGGUUCGCGAAGCGUGUGAAGGGCCGUACGUGGACGUUGUGCGGCACGCCAGAGUACCUCGCGCCCGAGAUCAUCCUCUCCAAGGGCUACAACAAGGCCGUGGACUGGUGGGCUCUAGGAGUUCUCGUCUACGAAAUGGCGGCCGGCUACCCGCCGUUCUUCGCCGACCAACCCAUUCAAAUCUACGAGAAAAUCGUUUCGGGCAAAGUCCGGUUUCCGUCACACUUCGGUUCGGACCUAAAAGACCUACUCCGCAACCUGCUGCAGGUGGAUUUGACGAAGCGCUACGGCAACCUGAAGGCGGGCGUGAACGAUAUCAAAGGACACAAAUGGUUUGCGAGCACCGACUGGAUCUCAGUCUUCCAGAAGAAGAUAGAGGCGCCGUUCAUCCCGCGCUGCAAGGGCCCGGGCGACACGAGCAACUUCGACGACUACGAGGAGGAGGCGCUGCGCAUCUCUUCGACGGAGAAGUGUGCGAAGGAGUUUGCAGAGUUCUGAGCGCACUGGAGGUGCCUGCGCGCGGACACCGUGAGUAGGUAUUUUGUAUUAGUGAAUUCUCUACAAAGACGUGGUCGCGACGCGACGAGUGCUCUUUGCCUCCGGCCUCGGGUGGACAUGGACGCUGACGCGCCCUGGGGCCGGCCCCGCAGGUGGAUUCAGUUCGGAGCAUAGGCGUGAUGAAGUAGAACUGAUUUCCGAUAUUUCGGUGGCGUUCAUUUGCUUAGUGCCCUUUCAGAAUGACAUUAACAUAGCAGUUAUAGCUGAAGUGUCCGUAUUCAGCCGAUAUUCCCCGAUGUUAGGACUGCAGGAGUGCAAUACCAGUGUUAUAAUGUUCGGAAUCAUGUUCUGAUUAUGAUUUUCACAUAUAAAUGAUAGAUAGUUGCUGAUAACAAUGGAAUGUGGUGGGCUUAAAUUAUUUUAUAUUGUUUUUAAGACAUCAGUACAAUUUUCCAUAUAAAAUUCAUGCUACAUAAUCUUCACAAAUCUAAUUUUUCAAUUUGAAUUUUGAUCUACAUCACUUAACCAUCAGAUUCUAGAGCUAUUUCAAUCACUAUUUUUUAGUGGAUUAUUAUUGAAUUUCCUAAAUAAUGUUCUUGUCUUGAUGGAAUGUUGUAUAGAUUUUAAAUAUUGACAUUUCAUUAUUUGUUUUAUUUAUAGUUAAUCGGUUGAUAUUUUAUUUAAGGAACUUAACUACAUGGCAAUGUGGUGAGAUUACUUAUUGUAACUGUGUAGUUGUGUUCACCCAUCUGUGCAAUUGACCUAUGUGUUUGUGAUCUGAUGUGAGAAUUCCUUUCAAGUUUAAGUGUAAUUUGUAUAGUUCCUUAUUUUGUAGAUUUUAUGGAUUUUUAUUGUGUAACAAUUACAUUAAACGACAUGCCAGUCUUGUAUAGGUAAUCUAUGAUGUAACUAAACUUAUUGCUAGCAUCAGUUUACGGAAAGCAAUAAAUUUUAACACUUCUUUAAACAUAUUCCCAUUUAUAAAUAAAACAAUAAUUCUCUUAUUCAACCAAGUCCUCAUUCAUUCAUUCUUAAAGAACUGGUUUCUUUUCUUAUUUGAAUGGAAAUGUUGUUUUAUUGUAUACAUAGGAAUAUGAUUAAAAUAUCUUAGUAGUAAUUCUCUUAAAAUGCCAUUUUACAUGGUGAUAUCUUGUCAUUGAGACUGAUGUUAUCAAUAAGCGUAAGUAGGUGUGUAUAACAAGUUCUAAUAUCAAUACAUGACUGUCUCAUAAGUGCUAUUCAUUUGGUCCCAUUAACUUCUUGUUCCAUGGAAUGAGAGAACGGCUAACCGGCAAUGUUUACUAUAAAGUUUGUUAGCUAUUAGAUGUAGGACUUUGAAUCCAGGCUGUACAAAUAAAAAUAUAGUUAUUUGUAGUGCAUUGUGCGCGUCUGUGGUAAUAGUUAUUAGGUCGCAUAUCCCAGGGACAGGGAGAGAGCUGCACACUUAUCACCUUUCGGACCACACUAAAAGAAUAUGAUCUACUGUACUGUCUUACGCUGUGUUUACAUGCUUGCCGGAGUGAAAACAAGCCGAUACAGGACCAUGUUUCAUGUGGCUUGCUGUCAAAUCAUGUCAAGCAAAUAAAUGCAGCAUUUCUGCCCCUGUAUUGAUUGAAAACCCGUAGUUAUACACAGAAUAAAGGAACAAAUGUAUGUGUGUAGUGUACUAUAAAUAUCUAUUGUUUUUCCUAUAACCUCAUGUGUGUUCAUCUAGUAAUGAUACAAUACCAUAUCUCGAUUUACAAUCUACCUAUUUUCUUAAUUGAAUCAUUAGUGUUUAUAUGUAUUUUUUUAAUAAUAUAAAGCACUAAACAUUUUUUGCUGUAAUGACAAUGUCUGUUGGUGAAUUGUCGGGCAAAAUAAUAUGUUAUCUUACAUAUUUAUGUUGCUAACCACAGAUGAGAGUUGACUCUGUGAGUAACCUAUUUCUUGUUAAAUGCCAAUGUUACCUACAUUGUUUACUUGGUGCCAUAAAGAUUCUUAGUAAUGGUCCUCCUGUAUAAAUAUUUUUAAGUUUUUUUAGCAACUCUUAUGUUGACACCUUUAUUAAAUGUAUCAGCUAGUUUUAAACGUUACAUGUCCACUCUCAGUGGUACGCUUGUCACAAACAAUUCUAAAUUAUGCACUAUUGUUAUUUAAAUUAGUCUAAGUGGAGCAGCAAGUAACUAUUUAGACAAUGCUUGAGAAUAUGUUCUAACGUCAUAAGAUUUUAUGAGGUAGAAAAAUUUAUAAGUCUGCCAGCAGUGUAUAAAAUUACUAAUUCCUAUUUCUAUCUCAUGCCAUUUUAUGUUGUUAGAAUAUUUCUGUAAAGGCCGAUUUACGCUUGGGUUAGUAACUAGUGCAAGUGUACUUAUGUGAACCUUUAAUAAUAAGUUUAGCAAGGUUACUUGCUGCUCCACAUAGCGCGGUGCUUACUCGAUACAGAUGUUAAAUGGAUGUGCGAGUAUAUUUAGAGCUCGGGAUACAGGUGUUCGAGAGUAACACUACACCGCUCGUUGUUACUGAUCAGAUAUGUAACUCAAGUAUACAUUCGCUGACGCGAUGAACGCGACACCUUAUCGGUGGUCGCUUUAUCAUAGUCUAAUGAGAGGCGUAUUAUGGUUACCUUUAUCAUUUGAUAAAUAAAAGAUAGCAUCCGUUGUGUGCCAUCGUAAAAUGGACGUCUUUUACAUACUAGGAGACAGAUGCACAAAACAUUCGUCAAUAAAGACUGACUUAGACGAUGCCAGUCGAAAAAUCAGAUUUCUGUGUUGUGCUCGUUUUGUGUUUGUUUUAUAUCUGUGUGGUGGCGUUAUCUAACCUCUGGUCUGGUGCAGACAUCAAAUACUUGACAUUGGCAAAUAUGUGCCAACUUGUUUGGCCAGACCGCCAUUUAAAAAAGAUGAUGACAGUUGGUGGCAAGUGUCGCUGAAUUUAGGAGGAUGCAUCUCAAUAGACAGUGACCUACAGACAAAAAAAAAGAAAAAAAAAUAGAUAGCAGAUAAAAGUGACCAUUAUACGCCAGCAAGUUGUUUGUCUCGAUCAUAAAAUGUGCUCUAAUCCUGUGUGUGAACCGAGAGCGAUUUAUCAGGUCUAUUUAUUUUAACAAAAUCAUGAAGUCAAAAGAUCACUAAGAAUCAAUAUAUGUAUAUCGACUAGUCACUAUCUGCUUGUUUUGUUCUAUCUUUCCAAAGUUUAAAUCGCAUGAGAAGCCUUAGAUUUUUAUAUUAGGUAGUGUAAUGUUAUUUAUUAGUUAAGUAGGUGCUUGUUUCGGUUACGAAUUCAUUGUAUUAUAUAAGUGAUGAUGAUAUACAGCAAUGUAAUCAAAGAUUAAAAUGUCUCACAUAAUGCUUUCAUGCCAUUGUACUGUCAUGCCUGUGCAAUUAAUGCAUGUAAAAACAAGGUGCAUAUCGUUUUCUAUAAAAGUGAGAGACAUUCACCAACUAGACAUUGUUCGACAAGAUGCAUUUCGAUUUCGCCUUCAAUUCUCGCGCAACGCUGUUUUUGUAGUUUCAUCACUGCAAUAUUUCUUUUUUGGAUCGUAAUAAGUAAGGUUCUGAGGUGUAGUUUUCCUUUGUUACUUCAUUGUAUAUAUCUAGAGUGGUCGUGUCCCCGAUAAGUAGGAGAUUUGAUAUCAGCUUCGGUAUCCGCAGAUCUUCAUUCCAGUAGCUUCAUAUAGGCUGGGUUAGACGAUGCCAGUGAUUGGCACUAGUCUUGCUGGUAUGCCAGUACAGUGGCUGUCUCUGUAAACACUGUAAGUCAAGCGUUCAAACGAAAUAUAACCCGGGCUAUCUUUCGUUGCGCUAAUCGGUAGUAGCCAACUCUGGCAUGUCAGCGACAUUAUUACCAGCAACUGGCACCGUGUAGACCAGCCUUAACUUGCUCAUCAACACAAUGUGGACGUUCUAAUGUGAACAUUUUAAGCCAUUUUUGGAUAUUAUAAACAUUAGUGUGACAGUAUGUGUAAACGAGAGCAGUCUUUUUAUAUCUGUGCGUAUUAAUAUUAAAAUGUUCACGUCUAGAUCUAUUAUAUCGAGUGCCUAUAGCAUUGAAGGUUCAAGUGUAAAAAGUCAGUUAAUUUCAGUAAUUAUUUGUCACCAUGUAUUGAUCUUCCAUAAAAUUACGAUGAAAUUAAAAAUAUCGAUGUAA